AUGAAUGGGACCGAGCGAGAUCUGGCGCGCAAUUGCACACCGCCCGCAAUCGACGACUUCCCGGCGGGCUUCUUCACCGAGCAGCAGCGGCAGCACGGCGCCAUCGUGCUGCACGCCCUGAUAUCCAUCUAUCUGUUCGUGGCCCUCGCGGUCGUCUGCGACAAGUUCUUCGUGCCAGCGGUUGGUAGGAUAUGCCACGCGCUGAACAUGACAAACGACGUGGCCGGCGCCACUUUCAUGGCCGCCGCCACGUCGGCACCCGAGCUAUUUGUUAAUGUCAUCGGGACUUUCAUCACGGAGGGUGACAUCGGUGUUGGCACUAUCGUUGGUUCCGCAGUCUUCAACAUUCUCGCUGUGGCCGCCUGCUGUGGCAUUGGCGCUGGAAUGGUGGUGCCAUUGGACUGGUGGCCACUGACUCGCGACUGUUUGGCCUACGGCAUCACGGUGUCAAUACUCAUCUGCAUAAUGCAUGACGAGUACGUGCAGUGGUACGAGGCCUUUCUUCUAGUCCUUCUCUACGGCGUAUACAUUUGCAUUAUGUAUUACGACAAGUCCAUUCAGAAUUUUGCCAAAGGAAGUUGGAAAUGCGUGUCAGAAAUGUUGAAGAAAGAUGAAGAGACGACAGGAAAUGAAUUGAGUGAAUCCAAAGUGCCUACUUUGCCGCAUAAGAACGAAUUAGGUGUAGAUCGCUACCAACAUAAUGGAAAUAUAAAAAGUAUUUCGCUGUAUCGUGACGGCAGGGAGAAGAAACUGGAAACCAUUGAAGAUGAAGACAAGAAUGUUCAUAUUGAGGUCGAUCCCAAGUCAUGUGAUCCUGAGAUCAUUACUCAAGAGGAUCAUAGCUGCAAAGACGACGCAGAUGAACCGAAAAAAAGUGACAAAGAUGGGUAUGAACAUUCACUAUGGAAGUGGCCGUCUGGACGGAGCCAUUUAACGAAGAUUACAUGGAUCAUAACUUGGCCAAUUCAUCUGGUAUUUAUGUUCACAAUACCCGACUGCGAGAAGCCCCGCUUCAAGAGCUGGUUUCCCCUCACGUUUAUCAUGUGCAUCGUGUGGAUAGGAUCCCUAUCUUACAUAGUCGCUUGGAUGAUCACUAUUAUUGGUGACACUUUAAUGAUUCCUGAUUCGGUUAUGGGAAUAACAUUCCUCGCCGCUGGAACUUCGGUGCCGGAAGCCGUGUCAAGUGUUAUAGUUGCAAAACAGGGUCACGGGUCAAUGGGCAUCAGUAACUCGAUUGGCUCCAACACUUUCGAUAUACUGCUGUGCCUCGGGCUGCCUUGGCUCAUAAAGGCGUCAUUAACUCCAGCCGAGCCUGGAAACUACUGGGUGAAGAUAAAUUCAAUGGGGCUGGAGUAUUCAGCGAUUUCGCUGCUGUCCACGCUGCUGAUGCUCUAUCUCACCUUCUGGUUCAACAAGUUCAAGCUGGAUGCCGCGGUGGGGCGCGCCUGUCUCGCCAUGUACGCUAUGUUCCUGGUGCUGGCGACGCUCAUCGAGCUCAACGUCUUCUUCCCCGUCAACGUGCGCACGUGCAAAAGAACCGAACUGAAGUCC